AUGAAUUGAUGAUUGUAGGGUGGCAUCCAGUAAUUUAUGCAAAAGGUAUAGGACUGUGUUGCCCCACCCAUAUGGGAGAAAGUAGACUGAAGGCCAAGGGGCUCAAGGCUAAUAAGAACCAUCAUCCUCUAUUGCCUUUCUAGACAAGUCUCCUCUCCAUCUCUCCCCUUAUCCCAGUUUCAGCUUUCAAUCUUCCAUGAGGCUUGCAAAGAAGCUUUUAGGUGCUAAGAAGGCCUGGAAGAGCUUGACCAGCAGGGUCCAAUCUAAGCGGCACAAGCUCAACAUUUCCAAGGCUAAAAAAUACGCCACUCAUCUCCUAACCGGCUUGAGCUCUAUCAGGCACCUUGUUGCCUGUAAGCGACUGCGUAAACGACGAGCUUUCAAGAGAUCCUACUCAGCUCUGCACUAUGAUCAUCACUACAAACGCUGCGACCAGCAACAGCUUCAGAAGGGUUUUGCAGCCAUAUAUGUGGACCAUCUGUUUGCAGAGGGUGCCCCUGGGGAGACAAGCAAGGGAAAACAAGUAGUUGCAGAAGGCAGCAAUGGUGGCAAGGCCAAAACUGAAACAGGAGCUGGUUCAUUGGAAACCAAGGCAAGUGAAAAGAGCGGAUGUACAGUUAGUGAUGCGUGGAAGGCUGCUGUGGCUUCAUCACCACAAUUACGAGGGGUGGACGAGAGAGCGGACGAAUUCAUUUCCAAAUUCCACAAAAAAAUGAAGCUUGAGAGCGAGAAAUCCAUCCUUGAUUUCCAGGAGAUGAUAAAAAGGAGUGCCUAGAAGCUCGUAGUGUCCUUCUUACCUUCACAUUCCUUCUUUUUCAUUGUAAAAAUUGACAUUAAAAGAAAGGGGUUUGAAUAUUUGAAAAUAUACCCCUUUUUUUUUUCUUUUUUUUUUUUGCGGGUUCUUCUGAGUUGCAACAGCGGGUGGAUUUCUAUAGGGAUUACAUUAUCGGGUAUUUGGGCAUUGCUUGUGUAUUUUUAAUUUGAGAGUUUCUUAUUUUUGUUUUAUAGACAUGAAACGUGUUAUAGCUUGCAUUUUUAGCUUGUAAUGUAUAAGCUGAAGAUACUCGAACUGGAAUGCAAAGUUUCAAGCAUGAAGAAGGCCUUUAUGCUUGUGACCAAUCCAAUCAAUAAAUUGUAGAUGUUAGAAAACAGAGAGGAGCAUGCACAAGAAUUACCAAGGCAAACAAGUGUUUCCAAGUUACAUUUUUGUCACCACAAAAAAAAAAAAAAAAAAAAAAAAAAAAAAAAAAAAAA